GUGCUUUGCUACUGGUACUAGCAAAACCUCCUCCCCUCCUUCGCUUCUCCUGUCGUGCUGCAGCAGCAGCAGCCGGACUCCUCCCCCCUUGGCCGCCGCCGCCGCUCUCCUGAAUCCCAACGAAUUUUAGCCGGGAAACGCUUUAUUCUUCAGGCUACCUUGUUGACUGCAUCCACCGCCGCUGUUCCUCGCCGCUGCUUUGGAUUCCGCUGCCGUUGCUUCGUCUCCCCCUCUCUCGCGGCGGAAGAGGGGCGGAGGUGGCACUAAUGAAGAGGCUAUGGCGUCUUCAGGUGGUCCUGUCAUGGGUCCUGGCCGUCGUUCUCGGCUCAGUCCACGACCAUGUGCGGCGGCAAUGGGGGGAGCAGGUGCCCCCGGAGUCGCGGCCGCACAGCGUCACCAUUACCGAGUUCGGCGCCGUAGGGGAUGGUAGGACCCUGAACACCCUGCCCUUCCAAAACGCCGUCUUCUACGCCCGGUCCUUCGCCGACAAGGGCGGCGCGCAGCUGUACGUCCCCAAGGGUCGAUGGCUCACCGGCAGCUUCAACCUCACCAGCCACCUCACCCUCUUCCUCGAGAAAGAUGCCAUCAUCGUCGGCACGGAGGAGUCAUCGCAAUGGCCAAUUGUGGAACCUUUGCCAUCUUAUGGCCAGGGACUAGACCUUCCAGGUCCUAGACAUCGUAGCUUAAUAAAUGGAUACAAUUUAACAGAUGUUGUUAUUACUGGGAAUAAUGGACUUAUCGAUGGCCAGGGCUUAGUAUGGUGGGAUUGGCUUCGCUCUCAUGAACUAAAUCAUAGCCGCCCUCAUCUCGUGGAGUUUCUGUAUUCUGAAGAAAUUGUGAUAUCAAACUUGACAUUUUUGAACUCACCAGCCUGGAGCAUACAUCCAGUGUACUGCAGCAAUGUAAAGGUUCAUAACGUCACAAUUAAGACUUUGUUGGAUGCUCCACUCACUGAUGGCAUAGUUCCAGAUUCAUGUUUGAAUGUCUGCAUCGAAGACAGCACCAUUAGUGUCAGUCAUGAAGCCAUCUCAGUGAAAAGUGGGUUGGACAAGUACGGCAUUUCUAUCGGAAGGCCAACCUCGGACAUUCAUAUCAGCAGAGUGGAUCUUCAAGCGUCAUCUGGUGCUGCACUUGCAUUUGGCAGUGAGAUGUCCGGUGGGAUCUCAGGUAUUCAUGCUGACCACCUAAGGAUACAUGGUUCUGAUAAAGGGUUCUCUUUGAAGACCACCCCUGGUCGUGGAGGUUACAUAAAGGAAGUGAUCAUCUCAGAUGUAGAAAUGGAUGGUAUCCGUGUGGCCAUUGAAUUCAUAGGUAAUUUAUCAAGCCAUCCAGAUGAUGAUUUUGAUCCGUCUGAGCUUCCGGUGAUUGAUCAAAUCACCUUAAAGAAUAUGGUGGGAACAAACAUCUCGGUUGCAGGAAUUUUAUUAGGAAUUGACAGUGAUCCAUUUACUGCGAUUUGCCUUUCCAAUCUCAGUUUCUCGAUAACUGAUUCGCUCCAUUCUAGUCCCUGGUCUUGUUCCAAUGUUUCUGGAUACUCGGAAUCGGUCUUGCCUGAGCCUUGCUCGGAACUGUAUGCACCAUCCUCAAAUUCUUCAAUUUGCUUCUCCCUUCCUAGUUACAGUGCACUCGAUGUGGCAUAGUCACAUAUAUAUUCUUGUGUUCAUACUUCGCUUUUCUUGUCGCAGUCCUUGUACAAUUCAGAAACAUUAAACCUUCACCACCAUAUUUUUUCUAUUUUUUUCCCAAUAAAUGUGUCAAGAAGAAUCAUAUCAGGGUACACCACAAGAUGCAUAAUGAUCAUGAGGAAGAAUCAAGUGGGGUUGUGGACAGCUAUGUGCUUGCUUGUACAGCUACAUUUCUUCAUUCAAUCAGUAAGAAAUUAUCUUUUUGG